GGAAUCCUACCUCUAAUUUUUUUUUCCCUCAUAUAAUCUAUGGCGGAGGUGUUACAGCUGAUGAUAAUGAGGAAAAUUUUAACAGCAACAAUCUAGCUCAUGUACUAUAGCUUUCAGCUUGCAAAACAUGGCAGGAGGGAAAAAGAGCUCUGGGGAAUGUAAUAGAAGUGCAGAUGAUUCAAAUGUUGAUCAAAACAAGAAGAAAAAUGAAUUCCAUCAGAGAAAACAAGAAGAAAAGCUUGCAGGGCUGAUUUUCAUGUGUAGCUCUAAUACAAAACAGAGUUGUUUCAGCUACCAAGUAUUUGGCUUGCCAGCAAACAAGAAAGAAGUUGUAGGAAAGGUGAAACCAGGAAUGAAGUUGUUCUUGUUUGAUUUUGAUCUGAGAGUGAUGUAUGGAAUAUACAAGGCUUCCUCUGCUGGAGGUCUAAACUUGGAGCCUCAUGCUUUUGGAGUGGGUAAAAUGGCUUUUCCAGCACAAGUACACUUUCGUAUUCAUGAGGAGUGUUUACCUCUGCCUGAGAAUAUAUUCAAGAAAGCAAUCAAAGAUAACUAUGAUAACAAUAACAGGUUUAAAAUUGAGCUUAAUGCAAGGCAGGUACAAAAGCUUUCACAGCUGUUCCAUGCUGUAAGAGUUGAUGCCAGUACUCCAACUGACAUUCCCCAGGUUGAAUCACAAGCUCUAGCUGAUCUUCAUCUUGUGAGGGAUCAACAACAUAUGGGAGCUUCUUUACCACCAAAGUAUGGCCUUAUUGGUGGUGUGAAGGGAGGGGAAUUGUACCCACAGGAAAAACUAUUCAGGGAGCGACUUAGAGAGGAAAUGAGGAAGAAAAUGUCGCUGGAAAGGGAAAUGGAACUGCUACAUUACAGGGAGGAAGCUGCUAGUCAUAAGGUACGUGGUGAUUACAUUCCUCAGGCUGCUUUAGCUGGAUAUGGUCUUGAUCCACUUAUAUCUGAGAGGGAAUUGCUGCAAUAUGGUGCUGGAGGAGAUAUGGCUACUCUUACAACCCUGAAUCCACAUUUGGGCACACAAACUUCAUAUCCUUGUGAUAUUGCAUAUCAGAACAAAUUUUCUGAGGGAAAACUACCUGCUGCUGUUGGAUUCCUUGAAUUAGAUUAUCAUAAUAGGUUUGGAAAUUCAAACGCGGAUUCUUUUUAUAGACAGAGGUUGGAUCCAGGUUAUCAAAUAAAAAUGACAGAGGUGCCUGCAGCUGAAAGCUAUCAUGUGUAUCCUUUCCUGUAGUAGGAUACUUUACAAAUGGGCUCAUCUAGGUCCAUCUGAUUCAGGAUUUCCACUGUAUGGUCGGUUCAUCAUCAGUAGAAUUAAGAAAUUGUUGAAUCUGGAA